AUGGUCGAUCCAUCCCCUAGCGAGAAACGCAAGCGGGCAUAUGGGGUUUCUUGUCGCCCAUGUCGUCAAAAGAAAAUUUCAUGUGAUGGAGCCCGGCCACGAUGUUAUGGGUGUAAAGAUACCGAGGAAGAAUGCCUGGUGCCGACAUCUGCUCGACCAUUGCGUCGAUUGAAGACAACAGUUCAUCCUUCAAGGGGCAAUUAUGUCUCUGAGGCUUCGUGUUGGGAGCUUAAGGAGCGCAUGGAUUUCAUGGAAGAGAAAAUUCACCGUUUAGAGGCAAUGCGCGACCUAUCUCCAAUGAAUUUCCGCAAUUCUUCUGAAACACCGGAGGUCACCAUAUUGCAGUCAGUUUCUGGUACCCAAUCGAUCUCAGAAGCGAAAUUCCCGACCGUAGCCGAGUUUGAGGGGGCAAAGUACCGUUUGACGGUAGAUGAAGCGGGGAAUGUUAUGUAUCACGGCCUCACAAGCUGGAGCCAAGGCCCCAAUAUCCCAAAUUCAUCUUUGCCGCCCCAAACCACUUCUCCUUCACAUGAGAUGACAGAUCCUACUUUUGCUCCUAUACUUCAAGCUCUUGCAACUUCAAAACACAUCUCCGUGGCUCCAAGAUUGGGCGACGCUCUUCUCGAAGCUUAUUUUUGUUACCAGGUUUUCAAUAUAAUUCAAAAGUCUGUUUUCAUGAGAGAUAUGGCACUGGGCGGUCAAUUCUUUUCUGAAUUCUUACUCAUGUCUAUAUACGCAUCAGCGACCCGAAUGAUAGACGGUCUAGAAAUGAACGACAAGAAAACUCAAGGCGAACUUUUUGAGAGACUAGCCCAAGAAUACCUGGCCAAAGAGAUGCAAGGCCCAACAAAGAUCACCACCAUUCAGGGACUAUUACUUCUUUCUGGAAGGGAGUGCGCACUGGGCAAUGUCAGCCAGGGCUGGAAUCAUGCUGGCCUUGCUUUCCGCAUGAUCCAUGAUCUUGGCAUUCAUCUUGCUCCAGAAAAGGUUGUUGGUGCCUCAUAUCUGUCAUUUGAAGAACAAGCCACUAGAGACAGGCUGUUUUGGAGCGCUUUUGUAUGGGACAAGUCUAUUUCACUUGCUCUUGGUCGAGAGCCAACAUUCCAGCCACGAAUUGGCCGGGAACCCUCCAGCAUGGUGGACUUUGAUGAUGUCGAUAGCCCUUGGACUCCCUAUUUUGUCAAUCCUUUUAAUUGUCCACCAGCGCUGAUGACCUAUGUCUACCAACCAAAUCGGCGGGUCGCAGCCUUCCGUUUUCAUGCUUCUCUGUGCUUGAUUCUUCAUGAUAUUAUAAUGGAGCUAUACAGCACUGAAAGCCGCCUGAGUUCCAGACGAAGGAUGGAAUUUAUUGGAAAGACUCGACAAAGACUUAAUGAUUUUUGGAAGUCGGUGCCAGAUGGAAUGAAAUUUACCGUUGACAAGCCCUCGCCUCCUCCAUGGAUCUUUAUGCUCCAAAUUUUCUACCAUGCUACUUCUAUCCUUCUAUAUCGACUGACUGUCGAUCCCACCGACAUAUCAACCACAAGCGGUCAUGUGCCCGUAUGCCUCGAGCAUAGUAUCACUGCGAAUCAAAUGGCAGUCAGCUUUACGCAAACUUUUGGCGAAAGAAUGACAUAUGUCGCCAUGUACUCUUCUUUUGUAGCAGCGAGCUUCGACAUUCUCCUUCUAGAAGGGGGAAGCGAAAACAUUCAGCUUGACGCCCUUGUCAGACUACGAAUUUGGUUAGGUAUUAUGGAGCAGAGCGUUAUCAAAGUUCCAAGCAUCCGAAGAUCAGUGCAUCACAUAUCCACUUCCACGUGGUAUUUAGUUUCCCAAAAUCCGGCCCUGGCUGUUACUGAGGCUGGACAAUGGAUCGCAUCUCUUCACACGCAGCAGAUUAUUGACACAAGUCCAAUUAACACAUUCCAAGGUAACGGAACGGGAGUCGGGUCAUUCGAUUUUUUCGAACUGUUUGAGCCUUUAUGCGACUCAUAA